AUUCAUAGUAAUUUGAUUACGUCAUGGCCUCAGUUGACUAGACAUAAUUCACCUUUAUAAAGCGCAGACACUUUACGAAGAAGAGAAAACUGGAGCAAAAACCAAGAAAUUACACUUAUAUUAGUUCUGAGGCUAAGUUAUUGUUCCUUUAGCUCUUUUUAUUUGAAAGCUAUAAAAUUCAAGACGUAAAAUUUAUUGAAAUAUGGGAAUAGGCAGCUAAUAAGGCUGGAAUAAAGUAUUCCUCAGCUAAAACAAUACUUUUUGCACAUAGAAAGUCUUUUAAGGAUGAGUUGAUAAGAAAUAAAAUGGCAGCAGUAUAAAAUAAUAAUAUUUGCUUAAAUAGAAUUCAAUAAAGGCUAAAUGUUGUGGAUAUAAAGUGAAAUAAAGUGAAGAAUAAGAUAACAUUUAAAUAAUUAGUAGAGUUGGUAUGUGAUAGAGCAUUGGUCACCCCCCAC